AUGUCUGCUCUUUUCAACUUUCAGAGCCUCCUGCUCGUCAUACUGCUGAUCAUCUGCACAUGCACCUACGCACGAGCAACCGUGCCAACUCUGGUCGACCGCAACAAGGAGGGGGUGUUUGGCCUCUUCUUCAAGUUUGCGAGGAUAGGCGAGAGACUCAGUCCAUGGCUGGCGAUGGCAUGCGUGGCAAUGGCCAUCAGCGUGCUCCUUUCAUGA